UUGCUAGAGAACAUCAACAGAAGAAGAAGCGCGGAGAUUUGAAAACAAAAAUGGCGGAUAUUCGAGGAAUUCUGCAGCGCUGUGAUCCGGAUCUGUUGGAGCCCGGCGGGGAAUCCGAACCGGACUGUGCGGAAGCGGCAGGAAUGGUUAAUUUCCUCACGGAGAGACGACGUGUGCAGAAGGUUCUGUGGCGUCAGCUGUUUGUUCUAGACUCCAUGAUGUCCUUACUGGAGGGUCUGACGUCUGCCCAGCAACUGAUGACACAACCCUGUCCCCCGCAGCCAGAGGGUGGGGCUCACAGCAGGUGGAAGGCUCUGAAGGCGGAGAACAGGUCAGGAAUGGAGAAGACGGAGACAUUGCUCAUGUCCCUACAGGAACGAGUCCAACAGAUCAAUAACAGAAGACACAGACUUACACAGCUGGUUCAGCAGCUCCAUAGCAAGCGCCAGGAGCAGGAACAGCUCACGGUGUCACUGCUGAAGGCCCAGAAUGCUUUGCGGUCAUGUGAUCACCAGUUGAGGCAGCUGAAGGCGGAGUCAGAGGCAGCACUUAGUCAGCUGAUCUCAUGGCAGCGGAUUAGAGACACGCUGCAGGAACAUGUUGGCGCCAUGCAGGAAGUCAUGCAGAUCAAACUUAUCUCCUUCAACCAGUCAGAGGUGCUUGUAGAGAUCAGGCCACGCCUCUCUUCCAAUUCUUCGGCCAGUGAGCUAGAGCCGCUGAGGCUGUCAAUCACCUGCUGCCAUGACGACAGAUUCAUCCUGCGAAUAACGAAUUCUGACCAGCAGCAGCAGGUGAAUGAGGAGCUGGCUGGCCUGGCGGGGGACUCCAGUUCGGGCUGCUGGACCGAGCUGAGCGCCGCCCUGGUGGAGGUGUUGCAGUACUACAUGGGUCAGGUUGAGCUGCUGUGCGAGAUCCGGUCCCUGAGAUCCAGGUUUGCCAUUGACUGGUGCCCUGCUCAGCGACUGCUGAUCUACUUGAAGUCUGCGUCACUGGUGUGUCACCUGGAAGUGGAGGAGGGGUACCCGAGUGGCGGGAGAACUCGGCUGUGCUCAGUGCGGCGGGACGGACAACCCAUUGACAUGUCGGGACUAAAGCCUCAUAAAGCUGAGCUCUCUCUGACCGAGUGGCUGGUUUUCCUCUGCAGCAGUCCACUCAUCUGAAGACACUUCGUUCUCUCCUCCUCUUCCUCCUUCAUCCGAGCAGCAGAUGUCCUUCUGUCACCUGCUUUCAUCUCAUCAUUUAAUCAACAUGUUCUUUUGUUGCUCCGGUGUGUUUCUUAGCUGUUGGUGUGUUCUCCGCUGGUUCUAUGUGUUAUUUUGAUAUCAUAAAAUAAACUGAUUUUAACGCAAUGACUGCUUCAUUUUCACAUGUCUGAAUAUUUUUAGAUUUUAGAAUAUGGACACUUGGACACCCCUUCUCAUUCAGUGGUUUGUCUUUAUUUUUAUUCCUACCUCUGGGAACUAUGUCCAGACUGUUGGGAAACCAGUCCAGGUGACUGACCACCUCAUGAAGCUCAUCGGGAGAAUGCAGAGAUUGAGAAAAUCGAAAGGGGCUUUUCUGGAGAAUAUAAAAUAUGUUUUCAGUUAUUUCACAAUGUUUUGUUUGCUGCAUAAUUCCAUAUUUGAUAGUCUCAAUGUCUUCAUUGUGGUUCUACAUUGCAGAAAGGUAAUUCUGACAAAACACAAACUGUAAUUUACAAAAGAAAGUCAUUAAUAUGCUUUUAUGUUAAUUUACUGAAAACUAAAAGUUCAUCUGGUGCUUUUAUUUUGUAAAGCUGCCUCCAGGGGUUGCUGUUUGCCACCCCAGCAGCUCACCUGUCAGAAAACACACACUGUGUGUUUCCACGUUUCAACAUGUGAGGCUGAUUCUUCUUACAACUGUUCCUUCUGAUGUGAUGAUGCAGCCAUGGAGUCAUACGCUUAUGAGACAAAUUAUUAAUUUCAUGUUUUUGAUUCAAUUGAAAUUAAAUCUAUACUCUUAUA